CGACGUAGUUUGUUUUCUCGCCUGCGGCUGAAAUUUACACUGUGAACGCUGCUGGAGGCAAUAUUGAUAUAGUAUUCAGGUUUUCAUUUUAAUAGAUGUGUGAAUAGUCACGCAAACACGCAGAAAAUGUAGAUAAAGUGUUUCCGUUUUUCUCUUUCUUCCUUUUCCCGGUGCUGUUAGUGGUCUCCCUCGAGCGUUUUAACGUUGCAUGCGGACUGUCAUUCAGAAAUACUACAGCCUGCAUUUGGAGCGCUCACGUGUUUGACCUUAGCCUAUAUAUUUUAGAUUUUUUUUCCUACAUUUACUCAUAUGUUUUUUCGCUCGCUUAGUUAUAGCUUACUUUUGUAUACUUUGUAUAAGUCGACUUCAUUUACUACAAGUUGGCGUUUCGGUGACAGACGCGUCUCUUCACAUUUGUAAAUGAUUCUUUGAAUCGCGAAUUAAGCUAUCAAAAUCAUACAAUCAUUGGAGAGGAGUUGAAGAACAUUUUUCGGGAUAGAGGCAUGGUUUACGUGCAGGUCACCAGGGGGUAACAGACUGUGGCUAUUUCAUCACUGCUGGGAGUUUUACAAUCAAAGAGACUGAGCAUUCUUCUUCCUGAAAAUUAAACCAAUAUGAAGCUUCUCUGGGUCUUUCUGUUGCUGGAGAUGGUCCUGAUGUCCGCUGCUGCCAGGGGUCCACCCAGGGUGUCAGAGCGAGUGGCCCACCGGCAGAGCGUCCGUCUUGGUCGCACCAUGAAGCUGCCCUGUCCCGUGGAGGGUGACCCCCCGCCGCUCAUCAUGUGGACCAAAGAUGGCCGCAACAUCCACAGUGGGUGGACACGGUUCAGGGUGUUACAGCACGCUCUGCGUAUUAAAGAGGUGGAGGCUGAGGACGCAGGGACCUACAUCUGUAAGGCUACCAACGGGUUUGGCAGUGUGAACAUCAACUACACACUCAUCGUUAUUGAUGACUCCAGUUCAAGAAGUGGAGCAGGGAUGGCCAACGGUGACUCUGAACAUGCCCCAGAGCUGGCUGGGAAACUGGUACGUCCACGUUUCACCCAGCCGUCAAAGAUGAGGAAGCGUGUCAUCGCUCGCCCAGUGGGCAGCUCAGUGCGCCUGAAGUGUACAGCAAGCGGAAACCCUCGUCCGGACAUUGUCUGGCUGAAGGACAGUCGGCCGCUGGUGGAUGAGGACGGUGGAGCAGGAGGAGGAGGGGAAGGGAAGAAGAAGAAAUGGACUCUGAGUCUGAAGUACCUGACACCAGAGCACAGCGGGAAGUACACCUGCCACGUCUCCAACAGAGCAGGAGAGAUCAAUGCCACCUACAAAGUGGAAGUCAUACAGCGUACCAACUCUAAACCCAUUCUGACUGGUACUCACCCUGUUAACACCACUGUGGACUAUGGAGGAACCACGUCUUUCCAGUGUAAAGUCCGCAGUGACGUCAAGCCGGUUAUUCAGUGGCUUAAAAGAGUUGAACCUGGUGACGAGAACAAAUUUAACUCCACCAUAGAGGUUGGAGACCACCGCUUUGUAGUCCUGCCUACAGGGGAGGUUUGGUCGCGUCCUGACGGAUCCUACCUCAACAAGCUGCUGAUAACCAGAGCCAAGGAGGAGGAUGCCGGCAUGUACAUCUGCCUGGGAGCCAAUACUAUGGGCUACAGCUUCAGAAGUGCCUACCUGACGGUGCUACCAGAACUGAAACCCCAAAGCAACUCUGUCCCCAUGGCAACAUCCCCGAGCCUCCCUUGGCCUGUCAUAAUUGGAAUACCAGCAGGCAUCGCCUUCAUCUUAGGCACCGCCCUCCUCUGGUUCUGCCAAUCAAAACGCACCUGCUCCUCUUCUUCUUCAUCCUCCUCUGCUCUUCCUGCUGCCCAGCGUCUACCUGUGGCCAAUCGUGACCGAGCCUGCCCAGCGCUGCCUCCUCAACCGGCCAAUGGGGAUAAAGAUUGUCUUUCAUAUGAGGACUACAUUGCCCAUCAGCAGUUGCUCCUGGCUCAGGGAGGCACUGGAUUGGCUCCCAAGGUCUACCCGAAGAUCUACACAGAUAUACACACACACACACAUUCACACGUAGACGGGAAAGUGCACCAGCACCAGCACAUUCACUACCAGUGUUAGCAGUGAAGCUAGCAGCAAGCUUUGGUGUUUCACAUUCAACUCUUACAUGAACAUGUUCCUGUGCAUGCAGACUCAUUCACAACAGUCCAUACUAACUGCUGACGUACAGAGCAAAGAACAAGGAAAGCCACAUGCAAGAGACCACGCAAAUUCAUGUACAGAAACAUGGGAUCACGCCACUCUUACUCAUUCUGCUGCAGCCACAUUGUUGUAUAAACACGGACUUAUUCAAGACACAAUGAAGAAUGUAAAGAAAGAAGAUCCUUAUUUUUUAGCCAAUCUGGAGGCCUAUCCAGUGAAAUCUAUGAGAGAAAAAUCCAAAAACGUGUUUUAUUCAAGCUUUUUUUAAAUAUGAAAUAUUUUCUGUAGAGAUUAAAUCUCUCCUUAUUUGAAACCACAAUGAACUCUGCAGCUUCAAGUUAACUUAACAACCCAACAAUGUAUCUGUUUCUGUUCUUUUAGUACUUUGGACACAACCACAACCUCCUCAAUAAGGAGAGAAAUACAGCUCGCCUUCACUACAAGCCUCUAACUAUAGCUACUCAUGUAUAUAGUGGAAUAAGAUUAUAUGGCAUUUAGCAUGCUACUUCAUCCUGGGUAAUCUAUAAAGAACAAUAUAGCAUGUGUGUAAUGUAAUAGCUUAAUUUCAGAGUAUAUUUCAGGCCUCAGCCCAACUGAGCCAUAAGAAACACAAAUCAAGUUAAACUCCCACUGUAGGUUGUAAGGAUGAGGGCUGCUGGUUUUUGCUUCUGCCGGGCCGACAGCCAUUCUGAUAAAUGUCCAGCUGCUAUCUGGGUACUGUGUGAAAAAGAGCUGAUGUCAGACUGGGUUACUGAGUCCAGACAGCAUGGAUCUGUCAUAGUAGAUUGAUUUUAGCAGCAGCUACAGUGUGAUUUCGUCUACAACCAAGGAGCUCCUCCAGACGACAGUUGCAUAAGCAGCAGAAGCUGUCCCAACUCUGAUAAGUACAGUUUCUGCCCCAUUACUUCCUGGAGACAGGGGGCAUUUCCUGUUACGCUUCAUCUCCUUUUCAGCUUUGUUUGAUGCUUGUUGACUGUAGAAGAGAGGGAUGAAGGGUAUCAAUACUCCUCAUGUCAAACAUUCAACCUCUUUAGCCGAUAGCGUAAAGGGAUGAUCAACAAUGCCUCGGUGUAAAAUGGUGCCUUCUAAGAAUUGUUUCCAGAUUUUGUGGAUCACUGUUGGAUCAUUGGAUAUGUCACAGAUUCUUGUUAAUCUGUUAUGAGAUUUAGAAGACUUAUAAAUUCCUCUCUUUUUUUCAUCUUAAACUCUUUAACUUUAAGGAUGAGACUUAAAAUCCUCAGCUCUUCUCCUUAAAGCACCUCACAAUAUGACCUCAAGUACAAUGGAACCGGGUUUGCAUGUGCUCUGUUCUCCACACACAAAGCAGAGGGAUUCAUCUGCUGUCUCUUGUUUUUAUCUAUAAGAAUAAGGGUUUUUGAAAAAGGGCUUCCUUCUCACCUGCGGAGCCUUCUGUCAGGAAAAUGGAAGAUAAUAAAAUGAUGGGAUGCAGCUUAAAACUAAAUUAAAUAUAAUUUUUUUAUCACAAAAUGUUUUAGCUUUAUAUUCUGCAGAAAGUUAUGUUGAUUACUAUAGCAGUACCCACUGACUAGCUACAAUAAACUACAUAAACUGCUCUUAGUCCUGUACAAUGGCAAUGAAUUAUAAUAACAUCUUGAUACAUUUAUAAAUAUGUCUGGGAUAUUGGAUUUUAUCUGCAGAUUUACCACUUAUUUUAUUGACCACCUUAAGAGAUGUUUUAAAUGAGAUCUACAAAUGUGUUUUAAAUGCAUUUACAUGUGGGUUUUAGGCAUUUUCUUGCUAUUUGAUUACAAUUUGGUCUCAUGUUAAUGCCCCCACAAACCCAUGGCACACCUCCACAGUUGUUUUCACUGCUUUUGUCUGAUUAGACCUCACUGGACUAUGUGGGCAUGUGCAAAUAAUUGAAUAAUAUUUCCCUCACUCUUAUGUAGUUUUGUUGUUUGAGGGUGGGACAACUGAAAGCUUUAUCAUUCUUAUUCACACAUUGAGUUUGGUAAACUUCCCAAUUCCCAACAUUGCUCCUCCUGGUUUCAUCCUGAGCAGAGGUCUAAUCAGCCAGAUUAACUGGAAACACUUGUGUGAGUGUUCAGGCCCUUUCAUUUGUAAAGGAGGUCCCCAACAGCUGUUAUGAGUAAAGCAAUUAGUACACUAUAUAAUGACCUAGAAUAAGCUGUUUUCAAAGCAAAUGUAAGCUCAAGUUGGAGGAAGUGGGUAUAAAAUUAAGGUCAUAUUUUCUUGGUGAUGAUAUUGUGUUUGGGAUUAUAAAUCCCCAUGAACCCAACGCAUCAGGAGUAAAAUAUCAGAGAUGCACAAAAUCCCAAUGAUCAUAAUGAAAGAAAAGAAAAAUAAUUUUUUUUUUUCCACUAGCACUGAAAUCCAAAAUCUAAACAUUACUUUUAAAACUGCAACUACCACAGCCUCAGAAUCAUCUUACUUGGUUUGUUCAUGUAUUUGAAUGCCUGUUAGUUGUUCUUUUACUCUCGUUGUAUCAUUGCAUUUUUGAUUUUGCUGCUCCUGGUCGGUGUUGGGAAGUUUCCUCACACCACACCCUGAUAAAAUCAUUUAAAUUUUAAACCCAAACCUCAUCGGAAACCAGCCCCAACAAACCUUCGUUUCGCUCUUUCUCAGGUGUUCAUCUUGUUGUUCCUGGGUGUGCUCAUGAAUCUGACCACUGUAUAAACCCUGUUUAAAAUGAUAUGCUAAGAUAAGAUCUAGAUUUCAGCUGUUUUACAUUACAGCACUCUCUGAAAGACACAUUCAGCCAUGUGUAUGUGUGAGUGUAACAGUGGGGUGACUGUCCAGAGUUUAAACAUAAAAAGAAUAAAAAAUGCAGAAAUGUAUGUGUGAAAUAUGAAAGAAACUGUAGGCUUGGCAUGUAGUUGAUUGUAUUUGCAUUAAGUCAGUCGUUCUCUCUGCAGACCUUCAGGGCAAAAUACAGUGAAAACUUUACAAGGGUGUUUUUAAACAGCCAUGCGACAGGAAGUGAUAUAUUGAAAUCACCUGGUAACUUUAGUUACACAUGUGGUUGUGCUUCAGCAUGUAUUUUUGCACAUAAAUCUUUGAGCUCAAGUAGGAAAAUGUACAAAUAUCUUCAUGUGGAUAAUUCAUAUAUAUCCAUUUUUAAUAAUACUCACUGGUAUGUUAUCUUUGUCCUGAAACGAACAGUGGGCCUGCAGACAGAGCUUUGAAACCUACUAGUCAGGCCUCCAGUGUCUUUCUUUGUAUAUUUUCAAUCCCUUUUAGAGAUUUUGUUUCAAACCUGUGAAGUCCUUUGUAUUAUUUCACUUUCUGAAUGAUAAGACUUUUAACAGGGUGUAGCCUAUAAAACAUGCAGCCUUCAGAUUAGAUGAGCCACACCUGUCUACCUGUACAAAGUCCUAUUUAACUGAAUUAUGUGCAUUUCAUAUCCCUAACAGAGACAGCCUGUGACCAUAGUGUCUUUCUUGUUCAUCUUUCCAGCAGAGUGCCCUUUCUCCUUCCAUGUAUAACAAUUAAAAUCCCUCAAAAAUUACAAAGUUCAAAUUCAAAUUAAGUUAAAAUUUAAGUACAUCAGAACAGUAAAAAAUAAUCUUAUGGUACAGUUCUAAAUGGAGACACGUGUUCAUUUAUUUUCCUCUUUAAAAACAGCUUUAACUGAAAAAAGGACUUGAAGCAUUGCAUAAGUGUCAAAAGGGAGAGCUCUCCCUUUGACAUGUUCUUCUUGUCCUCCUAUCUUUUCUGUUUUGAAACAUCUGUUGAACAGCUGGAGUGUGUUCUUUCAUUUUAAAGUUUUUCUUCCAAUGUUGGAGGGGCGGAAAAGUAACAGUAAAAUUUUCCUCAAUCACUGCAAUGUUUUUUCUGUGAAAACCGUCGUCAACUCAGUUACCUUAUUUCACACAUUAAACCCAUUUAAGUUUUUUGUGUCAAAGCUAAUGGACUGCCAAUAGAAAGACUGUGUAUAUGUGCACUUACCACUAGCAUGUACAUGGAAUGAUAUUAGUGUUGAAAUUAUAGUAACUGUUAGAUAAUUUAGUAAGAAUGCUUUGGGCCAUACAGUAGCUCUAGCAACACAUUGGCCCACAAAACAUUGUAAAUGCUAAAUUGUCUCAAGAUUCAAAAAGAAAGUGUGUUUCUAAUUUAUUUUGGUUUUUUUUCCUUCUUCAUAUAAUUGGGCAUUAUAUUGCAUGAGUGGAUUUUGUGUUAUAGUAGUAAUGUAAGCUAUGUAGCAAAUACCAUGUUCAUGUCAUUGUAAGAUACUGUAUUUAUAUGUGCUGACGAAAUAUACGAAAUUUUAUCGAUAAUCUUUGUAUCGACGAUCUUGUACAGUCUAUUGUCAUUUAGGUUAAAAAUGUGCUUUCUCCCAUUGUAAUCAUUUUAUUGGUGCCAUUAAAAAAGUGAAAUCUA